AUGCUGACGGUGGAUCCACGUAAGCGUCCCAAAGCGCGCAACGUGCUGGAGCACCCUUGGUUGAAGUCCCAAUGCUGCGGGGCGCCGACGUGCGCGCUUAACAGCCGCGCCUCGUCUCUCAACGGCAGCGCCGCGGGCUCCGCCGGCGGCAGCGGCGGCAGCGGCUCCGCCGGCAACGGCGGCGGCGUUGCGGGCUGCGCAACGGCCGCGGCCGGUCCGGGGAGCGGGGCGGACGCCGCCGCCGCCGCUCUAGAGGAAGCAUGGCCCGCGCAAGGCCAUCCGAUUCCCGCGCAGAAUCUCCCUCUGCAGCAGCCGCAGCAGCAGCAGCGGAAGGCAAAGCUCGUCCCCCUGAGUGUCGUCCUGCCAGAGCUACUGGAUUGCCCCUCUGCGGAACAUCUUCCGCGCACGCCCAUAUCCCCCGCGCUCACUCCCGCUGGCACCCCCACCUCUACCAGUUUCAACCUCCCCGGAACUCUCUCCCCCCCGCCUGAGCCUCUCCCCAUGCCCUCCCGCCCUCAGUCCCCCGCUGGGCCUUUCUCCCGCUCCGCGCACGCGCGCCCUGCGGCGGCGGCGGUCGCGGCCGCCGCCUUGGCUGCUGCCGCGGCGGAAGGCUGUCGGCGCGCGCUGUUCUCGUCCGCGCAUGGCGGAACGACCCCGUCGAGGGGGGAGCGACUGCACGGGGGAAGUGCCCACGGGGGACAGAAGAAGCAGGGCGCGCAGGGGCUACAGGCGGAAGUAGUUGCGCCAAGGCGCGGGCACGGGCAAGGAUGCGGGGAGGGGAAUGGAUCUUACCGCCGGCAUGGCAGUGGGCACGGUAACAGGCAGGGGAACGGGCAGGGAAACGGGCAGGGCAAUGGGCAUGUGCACGGGCACGGGCAUUUGUCAGUGCUGAGUCACAACGUGGGUGCGGCCCUAGCUCCGUUCUCUCUCAUUGCUCGGCGCGCAACAGGCUCUCACAGGAGGCAUGGUGCCUCUAGUAACCAUGCUCCUUGUGGUAACCACCAUGCCGGCUCCUCCGCCGCCCAUGCUUCUACUCACCUGCAUUCCUCCAGCGGUUCACUUUCUGCUUCUGCUGCUGCUGGUGUCUCCACUGCUGCUGCUUCUGGCGCUGCGGCUGGCGCGGCUGCUGCUUCUGCUACUGGAGGCGCUGCUACUCCUGCUGGCCCGUGUGCCUUACCGUCGGCUUUCCAAGCACCUGGCGCCAAUGGGCAGAACAACGGGCAGAACAAGGAAAACAACGGCGGAAACGGGGCUGCUGCAGUGGACACGUCAGCACCAGCACCAGCACCAACACCAGCACCAGUACCAGGGACUCGUGGCGACAAAAACGGGGGAGGAGACCGAGGAGGAGGAGGAGGAGGAGGAGGAGGAGGAGGAGGAGGAGGAGGAGGAGGAGGAGGAGGAGGAGGAGGAGGAGGAGGAGGAGGAGGAGGAGGAGGAGGAGGAGGAGGAGGAGGAGGAGGGCGAGGUGGAGGAGGAGGUUGGGAGGGGGGACGGAAUAGCGUCUUUGCAGUGGCGUUCUCUCGGGGUGGGAGCAGCGGGAAGGGCUGUGGUGGCGGCAGCAGCAAGGCUUUUGGGGGCGGUAGGGUGCGCCAUCCGUCAAGCCCGAGAGCUAGUUUCAACGGUGCAGUAUUCUCCUCUGCUGCUGCUGCUGCUUCUGCUGGUGCUGCUGCUUCCGCUGGUGUUGGUGGUGCUGCUUCUGGUGGUGCUGCUGCUGCUGGUGCGGCUGCUGGUGGUGCUGCUGCUGGUGCUAGUGGUGGUGGUGGUGGUGGUGGUGGAGUGGGAGUGGGAGUAGGUGGAAUGGCAGGAGGUUCAACGGAAGCAGGAGGACCGUCAGCAGCAGCAGCCACUAUGUCUUCAAAACAUGCACGAAGCAUGGAUGGGAGUGUAUUAAGAGCGUCUAAAAUACCCUUUUGGCCGGCCGAAAACUCGGCUGCUAUUAACCGCUGA